AUGAUAUUAUACUCUUUAAUUCUUGUUCAGGCAUUGCUUGUGCUGGCAUCUGGCAAUGCUACAAGUACCAGGGAAUCUGCUUGGAACGGCCACAUAGCACCUGGAUCAGACAAACCGAGCCGAUUUUUGCCUUAUUAUGUCCCGCCGGGAACAAAAAGCUAUGAUUCAUCUUCCCCUUUCGUCCACUACACCGGUACUUGGAUUGAUUCAUUUUCUCCUGCAUAUGUGCACAACACACUACGCUGGACGGAGUCGAUCGGUUCAUCAGUUUCGUUUACAUUUCAUGGGACUGGAAUCGAGAUGUUUGGAAAUGUGGAUAGAUCUCAUGGUUCCUCAGACGUUUUUAUGGACGGGAGGAAAGUCAAAACUGUGGACAGCUGGAGCGACUAUGCAAGGCAGCAACAACGCAUUUUUUGGGACUACAACUUACCAUAUGGAAAACACACUAUCAAGGUCAUCAACAUAGGCAAAGGCCAUGGUAUGAUGGGAAACUCUGUUUUGGAUGUCGACGCCUUUGUGGUCACGAAAGGUACCGCUGACGAGGGUCAAACACCAGUUAAUGCGUCUCUUGCUCUGGAAACCCCGAGUCGGAGGACGCUUAUAUCGCCAGAGUGGACGUUGCAGCAAAAGGGCGUUACUGGAGUGGCUGCAAUGCAGCUAGCCAUAAUUUCUCCCUCUCAUGCCAUCAUCUUCGACAAAGUGGAACACAAUCCACUAACCUUGGACGGGCACCCCGCUUGGGCUGCAUUGUACAACUUGAAGACACACGCCGUCAAGCCUUUAACAAUGCAAUCCAACUCUUUCUGUGCAGGUGGAACGUUCUUGAGUAAUGGCACUUUCAUCAAUGUUGGAGGAAAUCCGGUAGUGAGCCAUAAAACGUCUGCUGCCGACUUUGGUGAUCUGGAUGGACUUCAAGCUAUCCGCAUUUUUGAACCCUGUAAUUCAGAAAACGUCGAUAAAUGCGAUAUCUACGAAAAUCACUCAAGAGUCCGUAUGGCGACACCUAGAUGGUACCCUACAGUUGUCCGUAUCUCGGAUGGUAGCGCGAUGAUCAUCGGUGGAUCCAAAAAAGGAGGCUGGAACAACAACGCAACGGUCAACAAUCCGACUAUCGAAUACUGGCCACCAAAGUCUAUCAACGGUUCUAAUGGAAUGCCAAUACACUUACCGUUUCUCGUCGACACACUUAACUCAAAUCUAUUUCCUAUCGCUUUCGCUCUCCCAGAUGGUCGAAUGUUUAUGGCCGCUAACCGUGAUGCGAUGAUUUAUGACUGGCAAAGAAAUCAAGAGCAGAGACUGCCACGAAUACCAAACGGCGUGCGCGUUACUUAUCCUAUGGCUGGAACUGGACUUCUCCUUCCACUCUCACCUCAAAAUGACUAUGCUCCAGAAGUUUUGUUGUGUGGAGGGUCAACCAUCGACGAUCAAAAACCCGGCUACGAAAUCUCUUCGCAAGAUCCAGCAUCAAGUCAGUGCUCUCGGAUAGCUCUCACCCCAAAAGGCAUUGCUGAGGGAUGGCAAGUCGAACAAAUGCCCCAAGCGCGGAUGAUGCCUGACGCUGUCUUACUCCCAACUGGAGACAUCAUCAUAAUCAAUGGCGCCAGAACCGGGAUUUCAGGAUAUGGAAACGUCAAAGACCAAGUCGGCAUGUCGAAUGCCGACAAUCCUGUUUUGACUCCUGUCUUGUACAAACCCAGUGCCCCGGAAGGGCAGAGAUUCUCUUCGCAAGGGAUGCAAAGUAGCUCAAUUCCUAGGCUCUACCACUCUGUAGCCACACUGACGCCGAAUGGUGAUAUUAUGGUUGCUGGGAGUAACCCAAACCUUGAUCGAAGUGAAAUCAAGUACGGAACAGAGUAUAGGGUAGAGUGGUUCGGUCCUCCUUAUAUGAAGAUGAAGCGCCCUGUUAUAGUUGGUGCCCCUGGUAAAAUCCUGUUUGGACAAACCUUGAAGUUCAUAGUCAAUCUUCCAGCAUCGCCAAAGGGGGCCCCUGACAUCAAAGUUGUCUUAAUGGACCUAGGAUUUGUGACACAUACUGUACAUGCUAACUCUCGAUCGGUUUAUCUCGUUGCGUCACUUUUGGAUGAUGGGGAGACGAUUGAAGUCACAGGCCCGCCAAGUGGUAACAUAUAUCCUCCAGGCCCAGGGUGGAUAUUCAUCGUUGUCGACGGUGUACCCAGCACUGGAUCUGAGAUCAUGGUUGGAGAUGGGAAGGGUCCUAAAGUAGAUCGUGCUGCAUUAAACAACAUGCUUAAGAAAACGAAAGUUGAUCAGUACGAGGCUUCAAAGAAGAGCAAGAAGAGCAAGAAAGGAAAGAAAUUGCACAGCGGAUCUAAGUAG